AUGAGUGUUGUUGGCUCGAUUCCAGAAAGAAGCCCUCCAGGUGCUCGAAUAAUUCGAGUUGAGGCCAUGCUUUCAAAAUUGGACUCCAUUGAGGACGUGCUAGUUGAACCCAGCAACCUUGAAUAUUGGCUUGGUCGUGUCACCAUAAUCUCCAGUGGCUUUGUUCACUCAACCCGGCUGACCGACAGAAAUUACACCUCCUCUAGGCGCUCGCUGCCCCGAGGCAUGUUCGAGGUAGAUCGCACCUCAGGCUGGCUAACAAUAGGACCUGCAGGCAGUCUGGACCGCAUGCAUUUGCUCCCAACUGACCAACUUCUUGUCGAAGUACUUGCCAUUCUGCAGCCCACUUUAUCCAGCGGGGGUUAUAUUAAAAUGUGCACAAUUAAUGUAAGUUAUAAAUGCAAACCAAGGUAUUGUUUAGACUUCAAAGAUUUUGAUUUACAUUGGCUUAAACUCAUAUAA